CUCUUUACACUGAAGUCCUGAUUCCUCAGUCAUGUGUUGGGGACGCUGUACGCUGUGCUGGACUUCCUGGACUUCUCAUUCCAGCCCGGCUGGUUUGGCAGGUAGCGGCGUCUAUCUGGUCCGACCUGCUCCUUUUGUUUUGGAAUGAACUGUGUGACGGGCACACGCCCGUUUCCCCAUUUCUCCACCUGUCAUACUCCGUGAAGGAGCUCUGGACAGCGUCCCCGUCCAGCAGUCAAAAAGGACCAACGCUGAGGACUUUCGGCCAAGAAAUGACGUCCAAACCUUCCACCGGACGCCUUCAGCACAUCGUCAUAGCCAGCGCUCUGCUGCUGUGCUCUGCAGUUAUAUUCUACAUGUACUACAAGCCGACCAUGAGCUGGUUGCCAUGCUCUGAUACUGCACUACCCAAACAAGACGUCUGUACAGAGGAAUGCCUCCGCAUCCUUAAGGUGGAGAACCAAACCCAAAUUAUUACUAACUGCACAUCAGUCCAGGAAAAGACACCAACCACUCAAUCACCAGUUUUGGAAAAGGAAGACACUACAAACACACAUGAGCCUGAGAUAGUAGUCUUAGUCUGGAAGUGGCCUUUCGGAGUGCCUUUUGAUUUGGAAUCCUGUGAGUCAAAUUACGGUAUCAAAGGUUGCCGUUUAACGCUUGACAGAAAUGAAUAUGACAAAGCCCACGCUGUAAUGUUCCAUGUGAGGGACAUCGGAGGCGAGGUAUCGAACCUGCAGACAUUAUCUCGACCCCCACGGCAGAAAUGGGUGUGGAUGAACAUGGAGUCUCCGGCUAACUCGCCACGACUGCCUGGAGCAGAUGACUUAUUCAACCUGACGUCAAACUAUCGGAGAGAUUCAGACAUCUGGGUGCCUUACGGACAACUAAUAGACAUCUCUGAGAAGGACGAACCCUUUAAAAUACCAGAAAAAAACAAAUUAGUCUGCUGGAUCGUCAGCAACUGGAACGGCAACUUGAAACGAGUGGGUUACUUCAAUGAACUGAGCCAACACAUCAAAGUCGAGGCCUACGGACGGCACUUUGGGAGGUACAUUAACAGUGAAGAUUACUCCCAAGUUGUGUCGAGCUGCAAAUUCUACCUGUCCUUUGAGAACUCCGUCUAUAUAGACUACAUCACAGAGAAGCUCUUCAACCCAAUGAGACUCGGCACAGUUCCCGUGGUUCUUGGUGCAUCCAGGGAGAACUAUGAGGAAUUUGUACCAAAAGAUUCCUUCAUCCAUGUGGAUGAUUUCAAAACAGCACAAGAACUGGCAGAACAUCUCAAACUUCUGGACCAGAACCAGGAGAUGUAUGAAAAGUACUUUGCCUGGCGAAAAGACUAUGUUGUGAAAAACUCUAACUUUGGUCAGGAGCAUGCUUGCCGUAUUUGUGAUCAUGUAAGGAGGUACAAGAAUUACAGAGUAUUCAAAAAUGUUAAUAAGUGGUAUUGGGGCUAGUUGUAACAUCAGCUUCUAAUUUUAGAUUUUAAUUAGAAUCUAGAUUAAAAUUAAAGAAUCGAGAUUCAUAUGCCAAGACCUAAGCCAUAUUUUUAUUAUUAUUAUUUUUUUAAUUUGGGAAUUAGCUCUCAGUAACUGAUUUAUCCAGUGUAUACGGUUCUAAGGCAGCUGAAGAAC